GGAAAGAGGCUCGCCGACGCGUCUGGGAACCAAAAACCCGCUGAGCUCUCUGACUUCAACACCGGACCACCUCACUCUCCCUUUUCUCAGGUUGGGGGUCUACAACAGAGACUUAAACCUUUUUUUUAUUUUUUAAAUUUCUUGAACCAAACCAAAGAAAUUCGACAGUCCCCUUUUAUAGCUUCGUUCAUGUGCUGCUGAGCCAGAGGAGAUGAAGAUGAAGAGCAGGCUGUCUCUGGUGGCGGCUGCCCUCCUGGCACUGCUGCUGUCCUCCUCUCAGGCCCAGGACCAAGUCGACCCGCCGUCAGAUUUGAGGUUUAAGAUUUUAAAUGAGAACACAGUGCAAAUGAUCUGGAGCAGACCACAGUCCAGGAUACAGGGCUACAGAAUACAAGUGACGUCAGACACAGAAGAACCAGCAAAAGAAUUUACUCUGCCUGCAUCUGCGACUAAGACCUCCAUCUCAAACCUGAGUCCAGAUGUGGAUUAUGUCGUAACGAUAUCUGCGUAUGCUGGAUCAGAAGACAGUCUACCCAUCUCCGGCCGGAUCACACUUGAAUCAAGUGGUGGCACAAGAGGAACAUCCAGGAAACCAGAACCUUCAGAUUCAGUCAAGUGCUCUUACAGUGCAAUUGCCGAUGUGGUGUUCUUGGUGGACGGCUCCUCGAGCGUGAGCAGGCCGAACUUCAAAAACAUCCGCAACUUCAUCUCAGCGGUGGCUGGCGCCUUUCAGAUCGGAGAGGACAAAACCCGAGUGGGCGUGGUCCAGUACAGCAGUGACCCCCGAACAGAGUUCAACCUCAAAAAACACUUAACCCAACAGGCGCUGCUUCGGGCCAUUGGCUCACUGCAAGUCAAGGGAGGAGACACUAUGACAGGCGAUGCCCUUGACUACCUCCUAAAAAACACUUUCACUGAGGCGGCUGGUGCCAGGGAGGGUUUUCCCAAAGUGCUGGUGAUCAUCACAGAUGGCAAAUCUGAGGAUCCAGUGGAGAGUUACGCCAGGCAGCUCAGGAGCAGGGGGGUGGAGAUCUUUGUCCUUGGUACCCAACAGGCUGAUAUGGAGGAGAUGAAGCUGAUGGCCUCCACCCCUUACAGAAGUCACAUCUUCAAUGUUGCCAACUUUAACUUAAUGAAGAGUGUGCAGAAAGAGCUCAUUACUCAGGUGUGCGCUGGUGUUGAUGAUCAACUCCACUCACUCGUCAGUGGAGAAGAAGUUGUUGAGCCAGCAUCCAACCUCCAAGUCCUGGAGGUGGCUUCAAAGUCCAUGCGGUUGACCUGGGACGCCUCUAUUGGUGAGUCUUCUGGAUACAAGGUGCAGAUGAUCCCCAUGAUGGCCGGCAACAAGCGGCAGGAGCUGUACGUGGGCCCGACCCAGACCUCGGUGGUGGUCAGAGAACUUUCUCCAGACACAGAGUACCAGAUAAGUCUGUUCGCCCUGAAGGGCCUGAUGCCCAGCGAGCCCAUCACGGUCAUGCAGAAGACACAGCCAGUCAAAGUAUCAGUGGAGUGUUCUCUUGGCGUGGAUGUUCAAGCUGAUGUUGUCCUCUUGGUUGAUGGUUCCUACAGCAUUGGCCUGGCUAACUUUGCUAAAGUAAGAGCUUUCCUAGAGGUGCUGGUGACCACUUUUGACAUUGGGCCAGAUAAGGUCCAGAUCAGCUUGGUCCAGUACAGCAGGGAUCCCCACACUGAGUUCUACCUGAACACUCACCAUGACCUGGGCGCUGUCGUCAAGGCUGUUCGGACUUUCCCAUACCGCGGCGGCUCCACCAACACCGGCAGGGCCAUGACCUACGUGAGAGAGAAGAUUUUCCAGUCCAGUAGAGGGGCGCGCCCCAACGUUCCCCGUGUCAACAUCCUCAUCACUGACGGGAAGUCAUCUGAUGCCUUCCAAGAUCCAGCCACCAAGCUGAGAAAUGCUGACGUUGAGAUCUUCGCAGUGGGUGUUAAGGAUGCUGUACGUAGUGAGCUUGAGGCCAUCGCCAAUUCACCUGCAGAGACCCAUGUGUACACCGUAGAGGACUUUGAUGCCUUCCAGAGAAUUUCUAAAGAACUCACGCAGUCCAUCUGCCUGAGGAUUGAGCAAGAACUUCGCAACAUCCAGAAGAGACGACUGACCCAACCCAGGGACCUGUCCUUCUCAGAGGUUGGCCCAAGAAGCUUCAGGGCUGCCUGGGAGAAUGACGCCACCAACGUUGAGUCCUACUUGGUUCAGUUCAAGCCGGCAGAUGAUGACGACAUGCACUAUGUGUCCAUGUCUGUGCCAGGGGACACACUCACUACCCUGCUCCCCCACCUCACCCCACUCACUCGCUAUGAAGUCAAUGUUUAUGCGCAGUAUGACAAAGGCGACAGCUUGCCUGUGACCGGUUUCGAGACCACUUUGGAAGAACUAGGCUCCGUGCAGAACCUAAGAGUAUCCGAGGAGACCACAGACAGCUUCAGAGUAUCAUGGCAACCAGCUCCAGGAGACAUCACUCGCUACCGGCUGACAUAUGAACCUGCAGGGGACGAGCGCUCGAGGCUACAGACGACCACUGUUGGCUCUGAGACAACAAUUGUGCUGCAGGAGCUUCAUCCUAAAACCACCUACCGCGUUACUGUGACUCCUGAGUAUCCCUCCGGCCCCGGAGUGCCAAAGCAGACUGAUGGCACCACCAAAGAAGCCAGGGGUUCCCCCCGGGACCUGAGGGUAUUUGACGAGACCUUGUCCUCCAUGAAGGUCUCCUGGGAGCCCGCACCAGGGAACGUGCUCCAGUACCGUGUGGCGUACAAACCCUCCGCCGGUGGCCCCAAGAAGGAAGUGUCAGUUAAGGGUGACAACAGGGAAACCCUCCUAAAGAACCUGCAGCCAGGCACCCAAUAUGACAUCUCUGUCAGUGCACGAUAUCGGUCUGGCCUGGGCGACCCCCUGGAGGGACGAGGCACCACACGAGAAGAGGUGGGACCACCUAAAAACCUGGUCACCAGCGAUGUCACCGACACCAGCUUUGCAGCGUCCUGGACGGCGGCACCUGGAAACGUAAACAUGUACCGGGUUCGAUGGAAGUCGCUGUUCACGGGGCAGGCUGGAGAUAAAAUAGUGCCGGGAGACGUGACCAACACUGUGCUGGAUGGUCUGACUCCAGAAACACUCUACCAAGUUUCUGUGAUUGCUGCCUACAGUCAAAAAGACAGUGACCCACUUACUGGACAGGAAACCACUGACGCCUCUGCUGCUGGUAAAAAGUUGACCGUGUCGGACGAGACUGAGCGAACCAUGAAAGUCACAUGGAUGCCUGCACCGGGCAAGGUAGCCAACUACAGGCUAAAGUACGUUCCCAGUGGUGGAGGGAAAGAAGUGGCCCUCAAGAUCCCUGGCACAUCCACCUCCACCAUCAUGAAGCGCUUGCAGCCACAGACCACUUACGACAUCACUGUUCACCCCAUCUACAAGCGCGGGGAAGGAAAAGCAAGGCAAGGAGUAGGAACGACACUGUCGCCCUACAAGUCUCCCAGGAACCUCCAGACCUCAGAGCCCACCAAGACCAGUUUCAGAGUCACCUGGGAUCCAGCUCCCGGAGACGUUAAGGGCUACAAAGUGACCUUUCACCCUGAUGGGAAUGAUAUUGACCUGGGGGAACUCCUGGUUGGUCCCUAUGAUAACACAGUCGUUCUAGAGGAACUUAGGGCAGGAACAAAGUACUCUGUUGCCGUGUUUGGGAUGUUUGACGGAGGUGAGAGUUUGCCUCUUGCAGGAGAGGAAGAGACGACCCUCAUGGACGCUCCAGAUCCACCUACUGUUGAUCCCUCUGACACUCAGUGUAAGACCGCAGCAAAGGCCGACAUCGUGCUGCUGGUCGACGGCUCCUGGAGCAUUGGCCGCAUCAACUUCAAAACCAUCCGCAGCUUUAUCGCUCGCAUGGUUAGCGUGUUCGAAAUCAGCCCAGAGAGAGUCCAGAUUGGUCUGGCUCAGUACAGUGGAGACCCAAAGACUGAGUGGCACCUGAAUGCCCACCCGACCAAGGCGUCCCUGCUGGAUGCCAUUGCCAACCUGCCGUACAAAGGAGGCAACACUAUGACAGGAAUGGCUCUAAACUACAUCCUUCAGAACAACUUCAGACCCAACGUUGGGUUGCGUCCCGACUCCCGUAAAAUUGGUGUCCUUAUCACUGACGGAAAGUCGCAGGACGAUAUCGUCUUCAACUCGCAGAAUCUGAGAGACAGCGGCAUCGAGCUCUAUGCAAUCGGUGUGAAGAACGCUGACGAGAACGAGUUGAGGUCCAUUGCCUCUGACCCUGACGAAAUUCACAUGUACAACGUCAACGACUUCAAGUUCCUGGUGGACAUCGUUGAUGACCUCACUGUCAACCUGUGUAACAGCGUCAAGGGCCCAGGAGUUGAACUGGAGGCGCCCACCAACCUGGUGACCUCAGAGGUGACCCACCGCUCCUUCCGUGCCACCUGGACAGCACCCGGUAGCCCUGUUGACAAGUAUCGCGUCUCUUACAUGAUGGCGGCUGGAGGACCCACUCAGGAGCUGCUGGUUGAUGGAACGAUGAACACAGUCGUGCUGGAAGGCUUGACCCCCCUGACCGAGUAUGUCGUCAAUGUCUACUCUGUGGUCGGCGAGGAGAGCAGUGAGCCACUGAAGGGCACUGAGACCACCUUGCCGCUGUCAGCAGCGACAAACAUGAUUGUUUACGACGAGACCUCGAGCACCAUGAAGGUGAGCUGGGACGAGGCAGAUGGUGCCACAGGCUACAUGCUGCUGUACAAAUCCAUCAACGCCACUGAGCCUCAGAUGGAGAAGGAGGUACGUGUUGGAGGAGAUGUAACUAACGUCCAGCUGGUGCAGCUGAUACCCGACACAGCGUACACCAUCACGCUUUAUGCUCUGCAUGGAGAGGCUGCCAGCGACCCUCUGGAGGGGAGAGGAGUCACCUUGCCCGUGCCUCCUGCUGGAGCCCUUACAAUCUCUGAUGUUACUCACAGCACCAUGAGGCUCAAUUGGGACGCUGCUCCUGGAGCUGUCCUCAAGUACAUGAUAACCUACAAACCAGAGGAGGGAGAACUGAAGGAGGCUGAAGUCAACGGUGACAUCACCACCUUGGACCUGUCCAACCUCAUCUCCCAGACUGAGUACGAUGUAGCUGUCACCCCAAUGUAUGACGAGGGACCUGGACUCCCAAUGCUCGGAAACGCCAUCACAGAUGUUGUUCCUGCCCCCAAGAACCUGCAGUUCUCUGAGGUGACCCAAACCUCCUUCAGAGCAACCUGGGAGCAUGGGGCCCCGGACGUGGCCCUCUACCGCAUCGGCUGGACCAAGAGGGGGGAGGACAACACCCAGUUUGCCAUCUUGAAUAGCGAUGAGACCUCCCAUGUUCUGCCAAACUUGGACCCAGACACUGAAUACUCUGUCACCGUCACGGCCAUCUACCCUGAUGAGUCGGAGAGUGAGGACCUAAUGGGCAGCGAACGUACAUUGCCUGCUGAGCCUCCUCGAAACUUGAGGGUUUUCAACGCCACCACCUCAUCGCUGUCAUUGAAGUGGGACCCUGCCCCUGGUGCCGUCCAAAACUACAAGAUCAUUUACAAGCCCGUUGCUGGAGGCGAGCCUCUUACAACGCAGGUUGGAGGGAAGAAGACCGGUGUCAUCCUGCAGAAACUGGAGCCCGACACUCAGUACUCCAUCAGCGUGGCUGCUGUGUACCCCACUGGCGUCAGCAGAGACGUCAGCGGCGAAGGACAAACCAAGCCUCUGGGUGGAGUGAGGAACCUGCAGGUGUUGAACCCCACCAUGACCACCCUGAACGUGCGCUGGGAGCCCGCUGAGGGCCGAGUAAAGGAGUACAAAGUCAUUUAUGCUCCUGCUGCCGGAGGAGCUGAGAGCAUGGUAGGACUGGAAACAGUGUCUGCAGGCACAACCAACACUAUGCUACGAGGCCUGCAGCCUGACACCCUCUACACCGUCUCUCUGGUGCCAGUUUAUGCUGCAGGAGAUGGAAAGAUGAUGUCUGAGAAUGGAAAGACAAGACCACUGGGAGGAGUGAAGAACCUGAGGGUAACAGACCCCACUAUGACCUCUCUGACUGUGAACUGGGACCCAGCUGACGGAGCUGUUCGCCUGUACAAAGUCUUCUUUGUGCCAGUUGCCGGUGGCCUAGAGGAAAUGGAACAAGUUCCUGCAGGCACCACCAACAUCAUCCUUAGGAACUUGAUGCCAGACACACCAUACACAGUGUCAGUGUUACCAGUCUACCCAGCCAGGGAGGGAAAACGCCAGUCAGAGGAAGGAACGACAUUGCCUUUGGGUGGAGUGGGCACCAUGAGGGUGACCAACCCAACCUUCAGCACUCUCACUGUAAACUGGAAUCCUGCUGAUGGCAACGUUCAGGGCUACAAAGUUAUCUAUGUUCCUGUAGAUGGAGGACAGGAGAUUGUGGAGCAAGUGUCAGAGAGCACCACCAAAACUGUCCUGGAGAAGCUUCUACCAGACACUCGCUACACCGUCACUGUGGUCCCUGUCUAUGCAGAGGGAGAUGGACCCAGCCUGACUGACAACGGGAAGACAAAGCCACUGGGUUUUGUGAGGAACCUGCAGGUUACCGAUCCCACCACCAGCACCCUGAACGUCCGCUGGGAGCCCCCUGAGGGAAACGUACGGGAGUACAUCGUGACCUGGGUGCCCGCUGCUGGAGGCGAGCAGGACAUGGACCAGGUGUCUGGAACCGCCACCUCCACCGUCCUGAAGAACCUGGAGCCCAACACUGAGUACACGGUCAGCGUCACGCCUAUCUACCCCGAGAUGGAGGGCAGAGCGCAGUCUGAAAAUGGGAAGACAAAUCCUUUGGGUGGAGUGAAGAACUUGCAGGUGAUCGACCCAACUUUCAGCACUCUGACAGUCCGCUGGGAUCCAGCAGUGGGCAAUGUCCGCAGCUACAAGGUCUUCUACACAGCUCAACCAGAUGGAGAAGAACGAAUGGAGGAGGUGUCAGGAGGCACCACCACCACCAUCCUGAGAAACCUGGAUACCGACACUGUCUACAAUGUGGCUGUUGUUCCUGUCUACCCAGACGUGGAGGGCAUACGGCAGGCCGAGAAGGGAAAGACAAAGCCUCUUGGUGGAGUGAGGAAUUUGCAGGUCACCGACCCCACCACCAACUCCCUCAGGGUUCGCUGGGAGCCGGCCGAGGGCGAUGUCAGGCAGUACCAAAUCAUCUACGUCCCCAGUGGCGGAGGAACUGAAAACGUGACUCCUGUAUCUGGAAUGUCGACAAACGCGGUGCUGAGAGACCUGCGGCCGGACACAGAGUACAAAGUGACACUGGUGCCUAUUUACUCUGAUGCGGAGGGGAAACGCAUGUCAGAGAAUGGAAAGACAAAGGCUCUGGGAGGUGUAAAGAAUCUGCAGGUUACUGAUCCCACCACUAGCUCCCUCAAGGUGCGCUGGGAGCCGGCGGAGGGCAACGUCCGCCAGUAUCGCAUCUUCUAUGUUCCUGCAGCUGGAGGCGCCGAGGACAUGGAGCAGGUGUCAGGCGGCACCACCAACACCGUACUGAGGAAUCUGCUGUCAGAUACUCCUUACACUGUGACUGUGGUUCCAGUUUACCCAGAGGGAGAAGGUCUGCGCCAGUCUGACAAGGGAAAGACACUCCCACGCAUGCCACCCAGGAACAUCCAGGUGUACAACCCUACCCCUAACAGCCUGAACGUGCGCUGGGAGCCCGCCUCAGGCCAGGUUCAGCAGUACCGUGUGGUGUAUUCUUCCUUGAGUGCACCCAGAUCCACUGGGUCGGUCCUCAUUCCAGGAAAUACCAACAAUGCCUUCCUGGACAACCUGAUUCCAGAUACUCCCUACUCGGUCAGUGUUUCAGCUCUGUACGCUGACGGAGAAGGAUCACAGGUCAAGGGCAAAGGCAAAACACUGCCGCGUGGCGGCCCCAGGAACAUGCGUGUGUUUGAUGCCACCACCAGCACUCUCACUAUUGGCUGGGACCACGCAGAGGGUCCUGUGAGGCAGUACAGGAUUGCUUACGCUCCCAUGACCGGAGACCCCAUCACAGAGUUUACUGUGGUGCCAGGGAACAGAAACAAUGCCAUGCUGCAGAAUCUGCUUCCUGACACCCCGUACAACAUCACAAUAGAGGCCAUCUACCCUGAGGGUCCCGGAGGAUCUCUAAAUGGAAACGGACGUACAGUCGGCAUGUUGAGUCCCAGAAACCUUCGAGUCUCAGAUGAGUGGUACACCAGAUUCAGAGUGGCCUGGGAUCCAGUGUCAGCUCCUGUCCAGGGCUACAGACUCAUCUAUGCUCCUGCAGGCACAAACCAGCCCAUGGAUUUCUUUGUGGGCGAUGUGACUUCGUACACGCUGCACAACCUGCAGCCUGGAACCACCUAUGAUCUUAAAGUGGUGGCUCAGUACACCGGUGGCAUGAGUGGACCACUACCUGGGCAGGGAACAACACUCUACCUGAAUGUGACCAACAUUGAGACCUACAAUGUCGACCAUGACAAGUUCUGCAUCAAAUGGACUCCUCACAGGGCUGCCACAUCGUACCGCAUCAAACUCAACCCUACAGACCCCUCUAGUAAAGGACAACAUGAGAUAACCAUCCCUGCUGGUCUGCCUCAGUACUGCUUUGAUGGACUUUCUCCUGAUGCGCUCUACACCGCCACUGUCUUCGUUCAGACUCCCAAUCUGGAAGGUCCAGGAGUCAGCACCAAAGAAAGAACAUUGGUGAAGCCAACUCCAAUUCCAACGCUCCCACCAACCCCGUCCCCUCCACCCACAAUCCCCCCAGCAUGGGCAGUUUGCGCAGGUGCCAAAGCAGAUGUGGUGUUCCUCAUCGAUGGCUCCUGGAGUAUCGGCGAGGACAGCUUCACCAAGGUUGUGCACUUUGUCUCCGGCAUGAUUGCUGCCUUCGAUGUCAUUGGACCCUCGGGAAUGCAGGUCUCAUUUGUACAAUACAGCGAUGACGCAAAGACAGAGUACAGGCUGAACGCUUAUCAGGACAAAGGUAUCGCCAUGUCUGCAACUAACCAAAUCCGCUACAGAGGAGGAAACACCAAGACAGGAGUGGCUCUGAAACACACCUAUGACAAGGCCUUUUCUAUUGAAAAUGGAAUGAGGAGAAAUGUCCCCAAGGUGGUCGUGACGAUCACUGACGGACGCUCUCAGGAUGAGGUGAAGAAGAAUGCUGCCAAGCUGCAGCAUGCAGGUUACAGUGUUUUUGCCAUUGGUGUUGCCGAUGUGGAUUUCGUUGAGUUGCAGUCCAUCGGCAGCAAACCCAGCGACAGACACAUUUUUAUUGUGGACGACUUUGAUGCUUUCGACACUAUCAAAGAAAACCUCAUCACCUUCAUUUGUGAAACUGCAACAUCAUCGUGUCCCCUGAUUUUCCUGAAUGGAUUUACUUCACCUGGCUUCAGGAUGCUCGAGGCCUUCAACCUGACAGAGAAGACCUUCAGUUACAUGAAAGGCGUCUCCAUGGAGCCAGGCUCUUUCAAUAGCUACACAGCAUACAGACUCCACAAAAAUGCCUUCUUGAGUCAGCCCACAACAGAAAUCCACCCCGAUGGUCUUCCCCACGCCUACACCAUCAUCCUGAUGUUCCGCCUUCUGCCUGACUCACCCAAAGAAGCCUUUGACAUCUGGCAGGUGUCAAGCAAAGAUCACAAGCCAGAGACCGGCGUCACUAUCGACUCCUCCAGCCAGACUGUGUCCUUCUACAAUAAAGACACGCGCGGCGAGAUCCAGAGAGCCACAUUCGACAACGAUCAUGUGAAGCAAAUCUUCCAUGGAAGCUUCCACAAGCUCCAUAUCCUGGUUUCGUCCACCGGCGUCAAACUCAACAUCGACUGCCAAGAAGUGGCUGAAAAGGAGAUCAAGGAGGCUGGAAACACAUCCAGCGAUGGCUACCAGGUCCUGGGCAAGAUGUCCAAGUCCAUCGGCUCUAAAGGGGAAUCAGCAACUUUCCAGCUCCAGAUGUUCGAUAUUGUCUGCAGCCUGGGCUGGACCAGCAGGGACAGAUGUUGUGACCUUCCAUCAAUGAGAGAUGAGCUGAAGUGUCCGUCUCUUCCUAACUCCUGCAGCUGUACCUCAGCGGGCACCGGGGAGCCAGGGAUUCAAGGACCAGUGGGUGCCCCUGGCAGCAAAGGUCCCCGAGGUGAAAGAGGAGAAGCUGGUCCUGCUGGACCAGUCGGCCCGCGUGGAGAGGACGGACCACCUGGGCCCAUGGGUCUGCCCGGCCCUCAAGGACCCAGCGGGCUGUCGAUUCCAGGAGAAGCUGGCCGCCCUGGACCAAAGGGAGAUCCCGGUGACUCAGGCUUACCUGGGCAGAAAGGUUCACCUGGUCCUGCCGGAGCUGUUGGCCCGAUCGGACCAGCUGGAGUCAGAGGCCCUCAAGGAAAGGAAGGACCAGCAGGACCGAGAGGCCCCGCAGGGCCCAUGGGACCUCCAGGAUCUCCUGGAUCACCAGGUGCUGCAGGAAAACCAGGAAACCCUGGAGACGCUGGCACUCCUGGCGCUAUCGGUCCAAAGGGAGACAAAGGAGAGAGAGGUGACUUUGCUCCUCAGAACAUGAUGCGAUCCAUUGCCAGACAAGUUUGCGAGCAGCUAGUAAGCUCACAAAUGUCUCGUGUCAACACGUUACUGAACCAGAUCCCUAAUGGCAUGUACCGAAGCAAUAACCCCGGCCCUCCAGGGCCUCCUGGACCCAACGGCAGGCAGGGACCCCGCGGAGAGCCAGGCUCUGCAGGAAGGAACGGUUUCCCUGGGAGUCCAGGUUUACCCGGCCAGCAGGGAGAGAGAGGUCCUCCUGGAGAGAAAGGGGAACGAGGAGUGCCAGGAGUUGGACAGAAGGGACCAAGAGGACCUGCUGGCCCACCAGGAGAAAGCAGGACAGGAUCUCCAGGCCCUACAGGCUCUGCCGGGCCUCGCGGUCCCCCCGGACGUCAAGGAUACGCUGGAGUCCGUGGGCCUCCUGGACCUCCUGGGAUCUGUGACUCUUCUAUGUGUGUUGGUAUUCCUUACAACGGGCAGGGAUACGCAGGCCAAUUUCCACCUGAACCCGACAGCCGAGUAGUCCCAGAACCCGAGGAGGACGAGCUGUCACUAAACCGGCGUCGAAAGAGAUCACUAUCAAGAAAGGCAUCCAACAGGCUAACACCAUAAGACAAGCCAUGUACUUUUUUUUUCCUUUAUUUUUUUUCUUGUUCAACCUGUGUUUGUUGAUUUAUGCACAUUAUACACGCAAAACAAAAAAAAGGGGUUUGACACCUCGACUUUAUUGGAAAAUACCUUUAAAUGCCUUAAAACGUAUGUGAAUAUUCAUUUUUGUGGCAGGUAAAGGGUGUGAUGGAGGGAGGGAGUCUGGGCACGACUUAAAAAAAAUGGAAGAAAAAAAAGUUUAGAAUCCAUUACAAAAAAAAAACAACCUGUGAGUUUUCUUUUUCCACUUAUGUCUUUUGCUUGUAACAUAAUUGCAUCCAGUUUAUAUUAACUAGCAGUGUUGAACAGUGCACUCAUUGUAACAAAGCUAAAGAAAAAGACAGAAAGUGUUGGUUCACAGUUCAUCCAGUACGUCAAAUAUAAUCCUCGUUCAUUGUCGUCUUCUAACGGAGGUUCAGUUUCAUUAUGGCAGUUAAACACAGCUUUCAUUUUGUAUCUCUAGACUUAAUAUUUAUCAGUUUUCUUUUAUUCCGUCACAGCUAACUUUAACAAAAGGUGGAAUUGCAUGUCUGUGGUGUAUAUUUAGUACAUGUUUUUGUUACAUUUCAUUUUGUUUUAACCAGAAUAUAGUUGUUGUCAUUCUUGUCAUUUGCUCAGUAUCGAAUGCAGUCAAAACCUGCGUGCAAGACUAUGGAAGUGGUAUUGCUGCUUCAUGUUUGAACUGCAGAUUGUGAAUUCCACAGCCUUAUUUUCUUAUUUAUUUCUGAAAACAGAAGAGGCAUUUUUCAAUAAAACUACUGAAAAUUUACACUUGUCUCCUGUUUUUUGUGAGUCUUUCAUCAGGGGUCUGU